GCGGACUCGGGCUCGACGGGAGGCUCGCGGCCCCUGUGUUUCCCGCCAGUCCUGUGGCCGCUGCUCUUCCCUGCACGUGGGAGCCUGACCCUUUUGAGUUUUUCCAUUCAACGGCAACAUGGGCGACAACGAAGAGCAUACGAUCGCGGAGGAUCUCGUCGUGACCAAGUAUAAGAUGGCCGGCGAGAUUGUCAACCGGACGUUGAAGAAGCUUGUGGAAAUGUGCGUCCCUGAUGCAUCAGUUCGUGGCAUCUGUGUUGAGGGUGACAAAAUGCUUAUGGAGGAAUGCAAUAAAGUAUUCAAGAAGGAGAAAACCAUGAAAAAGGGCCUUGCUUUUCCAGUGUGUGUUUCAGUUAAUAACUGCAUCAACCACUAUUCACCCCUGUUCUCGGACAAGGACAGCACACUGAAGAAUGGUGAUAUGGUCAAAAUUGACAUGGGUGCCCACUUAGAUGGGUUCAUUGCUGUAGUUGGCCACACUGUUGUUGUUGGUGCUUCAAAAGAAAGCAAGGUUACCGGACGAAAAGCUGAUGCGAUUCUAGCUGCAUAUUAUUCUUCAGAGGCUGCACUUCGACUUGUGAAACCUGGCAACCAGAACUUCGCUGUUACAGAUACUGUCACAAAGAUUAGCAAGACCUUUAAGUGUAAACCGGUGGAAGGCAUGUUGUCUUUCCAGCUUCAACAGGGACGUAUUGAUGGUGAAAAGACUAUCAUCCAGAACCCAACAGAAGCACAGCGGAAGGAAGUAGAAAAACAGACCUUUGAAACACAUGAAGUUUAUGCAGUAGAUGUCAUUGUUUCCACAGGAGAAGGCCAGGGCAGGGAGAUGGAUGCACGUGUUACAAUAUUUAGGAAAACUGAUGAAAUUUACCAUCUGAAGUUGAAGGCAUCCCGUGAAUUCUUCGCUCAGGUCCAGAAAAGUUACCGUGAUAUGCCUUUCAAUUUGCGAUUAUUUGAGGAUGAGAAGAAAGCACGAAUGGGUGUCCUAGAAUGUGUAUCUCACAAGUUGAUUGAUCCAUACCCAGUCUUGUGGGAACGGAAAGGAGAAUUUGUUGCACAGUUCAAGUUUACUGUACUCUUAAUGCCUGGUGGACAACACAGGAUUACAGGAUUGCCAUUUGAUCUUGACUUGUUUGAAUCCCAACACAAGAUUGAAGAUCCUGAACUGAAGCAACUGAUCAUCUCUUCUGUUAGUAACAAGAAUUCAAAGAAGAAGAAGAAGGCUGAUAAAGAGACUGCAACAGUGGUGAAGAAAGGAGACUAGCAAAACUCCACUCUAGGAAAUACAAGCCCCAUUGAAGCCAGAUGUGUAGAAGGGAGGAUGCUUCAGGAAAGUGUAUUUAGAAAAGGGGCUGGUUUUGGAGAGUCCCAGGACCACUUUUCUUUCCUUGGGAACUGGAGGAGCUUUUUUGCUGUAUCCACAGUCCGACAUCAUUUCCUCUUGAUAGGCCAACAAAUGCUCAGAAAUUCAUCAGUGUGGUAUAGUCUCAAACUGCCAUUGAGAAACCACUUCUUUUCCUCCUCCAUAAUUUUUCUAAUUUUAAUCCUUGAUUUUACUCUCAUCUCCUUUCCUUUAUUGCUUUAUACUCUUCCUGAUGAUUUCUAAUAGGCUGUACUUUUUAUUCAGUUGAAUUUUAUAAUUGGAUUUUUUGUGCAUUUCAAAAUUUUUUUUGGUGUCAAGAGGCCUGCAGGGAAUAUGGGAGACUGUAUAACAGUAAUAUUAAAUUCCAAUUGAAUAUGAGGAUGGGUAUAUCAUU